GUGAAUGAACGGGAAAGUUCAGUCCGUGACUUCAGCAGUGAGUCGAGACGGUCUAUGGUCGAGACGGGGAAAGUGUUUGCAGACUUUCAGAAGCAAUGCCAGCGCUCGGUGGAGCCGUGCCAUAAGCAGAAGAGUCCUCUGACCCAGCGUCUCCCUCAGUGACCCCGGCCCGCCUGACUCAGGGACACGAUGGGACUCCUCCUUGUUCACCUUUCUCCCUUUCUCUUCCUUCUCCUCUCCCUUCUCCUCCUGGCUCAACCCUGCACCUCCAUCAGGCCUCAGGUUGUGGAGCGAGCGUCGCCCCCCGAGCAGCCUCAGCCCUCUGCUAACGGGUCCAGUAAGAGAACAUGUGCAGGUGUCGUCGUGUGUAGACCGGGUAUCCUUCUACCUGUGUGGCUGCCUCUCGACCCUCCAGCGGGCGAGAAGGCGGGCAGAGCUGUGGUCUAUUUCAUGUGUCUCAUGUACAUUUUCGUGGGUGUGUCCAUCAUCGCAGACCGCUUCAUGGCCUCCAUUGAAGUCAUCACCUCUCAGGAAAAAGAAGUGACCAUUACAAAACCAAACGGAGAAACGACGGUGACGAAAGUGAGAAUCUGGAACGAGACUGUGUCUAACCUCACACUAAUGGCCCUGGGCUCCUCUGCACCUGAGAUCCUGCUGUCUGUUAUUGAGGUGUGUGGGCACAACUUUGAUGCAGGAGAGCUUGGUCCUGGAACCAUCGUUGGCAGCGCUGCGUUCAACAUGCUGGUGAUCAUAGGUCUGUGCGUGCUGGUGAUCCCUGAAGGAGAGUCUCGAAAAAUCAAACACCUGCGGGUGUUCUUCAUCACCGCCUUCUGGAGUAUUUUUGCUUACAUUUGGCUCUACCUCAUACUGGCUGUCAUCUCCCCUGGGAUUGUAGAGGUGUGGGAGGCCAUAGUGACGCUACUUUACUUCCCGGUGUGUGUCCUCCUGGCUUGGAUUGCUGACCGCCGCCUUCUCUUCUACAAGUACAUGCACAAGCGUUACCGUGCUGACAAGAGGCAUGGCAUUGUGGUAGAAAUGGAGGGGGACCUCGCUCCUAAAGGCAUCGACGUGAUCAUGGAUGGAAAGUUGGCAGAUGGGGGCGCGUGUCCUGAAAACUCCUCCAGUGUGACGGUUUCUGUGCAGACCGGCAAUGAACUGGACCAGAAAAACAAUGAUGAGGUGGUCCGGAUUCUGAAAGACCUGAAGGAGAAGCACCCUGACAAAGACCUGGACCAGCUGAUUGAGAUGGCUAACUACUCUGCCCUCGUCCAGAAGAAGAAGAGCCGCGCUUUCUAUCGAGUCCAGGCCACACGAAUGAUGAUCGGUGCUGGAAACAUAUUAAGGAAACACGCUGCAGAGCACACUCGUCGCUCAGGAGGUCAGAACUCUGACUUGGCCACGUGCUCACACAUUUGUUUUGAGAGCGCUCAGUACCAGUGCACAGAAAACUGUGGCUCCAUGAGCCUCUGUGUGACCCUUGAUGGGGGCACAGGUCAGGACACUUUCUAUGUGGACUACUGUACAGAAAACGGCUCAGCCAAUGCUGGGGCGGACUACGAAUUCUCCAAAGGAACUUUGGUGUUUAAACCUGGGGAGACACGCAAAGAUAUCAAGGUGGGAAUCUUAGACGACGACAUUUUUGAGGAGGACGAGCACUUCUUUGUGCGUCUUCAGAACUUGAGGUUUGAGGAAGGGGGAGGUGAAGGGACAGGAAGUCCACCAAAGGGGAGACUAGUGGAGCCAGUGGUUGCUACAAUCACCAUUCUGGACGAUGACCAUGCUGGAAUCUUUACCUUCGGCCAGCAAGUGCUGCGGGUCAGUGAGAGCACCGGCACACUGACGGUGACAGUGGUGAGGAACUCAGGCUCCAGGGGAACCGUCGCUGUGCCGUACCACACUGAGGAUGGAAGUGCCAAGGCUGGGGUGGACUAUGAGGACACCAGAGGAGAACUGGAAUUCACUAAUGAACAGACCAGUCAGGUCUUGAAAGUGCGCAUAAUAAAUGUGGAGGAGUACGAGAAGCAGGAAAACUUCUUCAUUGUGCUCGAGGAUCCCAAAUGGCUGAAGCGAGGAAUCUCUGGGAACCCCACCCCUGAGGAGGAGGAGGCCAGACGGAUCUCUGAAAUGGGAAAACCUAUUUUAGGAGAGCACAGCAGGCUGGAGGUCGUCAUAGAGGAGUCCUGUGACUUUAAGAACACAGUGGACAAGCUGCUAAAGGACACAAACCUAGCUGUGGUGCUCGGCACUCACUCGUGGAGGGAGCAGUUCAUCGAAGCUGUCACAGUCAGUGCAGGUGAUGGAGACGAGGAAGAGGGACAGGAGCAGCGAAUGCCCAACUGCUUCGACUACUUCAUGCACAUUUUCUGCAUUUUCUGGAAGAUUGUGUUUGCUUUCGUCCCGCCCACAGAGUACUGGAAUGGCUGGGCCUGCUUCCUGGUGUCCAUCUCUGCCAUCGGCUUCUUAACAGCCAUCAUUGGAGACCUGGCCUCUCAUUUUGGCUGCACUGUCGGGCUGAGAGACUCUGUCACUGCUGUCGUUUUUGUAGCACUUGGGACUUCACUUCCUGACACCUUUGCCAGUAAAGUGGCCGCCACCCAGGACCAGUAUGCAGACGCAUGUGUGGGCAAUGUGACGGGAAGUAAUGCAGUAAAUGUGUUUCUGGGCAUCGGGUUGGCCUGGUCUGUGGCUGCUGUGUAUUGGGAAGUCAAAGGUAAAGUCUUCCGCGUGGAUCCUGGCUCGCUGGCCUUCUCUGUGACUCUCUUCACCAUUUUUGCCUUCUUCUCUAUGGGAGUGUUGAUGCUGCGCCGGAGGCCAUCCGUAGGGGGUGAACUGGGAGGCCCGCGGGUCACCAAAAUCCUCACUGCACUUCUGUUCUUUGGACUCUGGUUCCUCUAUGUCCUCUUUUCCAGUUUGGAGGCCUAUUGCCAUAUACAAGGCUUCUAAGAGAGCACAUCUGGAGAGAGGAAUGACUACACAGUAACCAACAUAAAGCACCAGGACAUCCACCUGUAAAGUACUGCAACUACCAUCAACAACCGCUGCCAUGAUUCAUAAAAACGUCAACACACUCCAGACUUAAUAAACUCUAGUACUGGUCACAUCCACUGCAAGACAGUACCGAUCAGUUGACUUAAUGGUGACUGUGCUGACUUAUUCCAAGUUCACUGAAGAGAAAAAAAGUGACAUGACCUCUGAAUUCAAUGCAUCUCACUGGAUACUGAUUUGAAGCCUGAUCAGUCAUAAUAUGGAUUUCAAUUUUGUUCUUGUUUCUCCUCAAGCUUAAAGAGAGCGGGUCCGUCGAUACUGCCUAAUACUGUGAUCAAAUGAGUAAAUAAAUAAAGGCUGUUCUAUUGAGAAAAGUUACAGGAGUCAGGGAACACAAAGGGACCCUAUCAUUUAAAUGAGAUAUUGAUCAGAUAUUUUUUAAACAUUUUUUAGGUUAGUUAAAAUGAUAAAAGCAGUUUCUUGUUUAUCUCCCAACACUUCACUCAGUGAGACCACUACAUCAGGAGGGACUGAGCUGUGUCUAAAGUAGCUCAGCUUGAUUUUAGAUAAAUAUUCCUCUGUUGUCUUCAAAACAGACCUGAUCAUUGAAACUAGUAUGAGCAGGUAAUAAAAGUUUAUUUAAACUCUGCGUCUCUCUAGCAUGCACUGGGUGCAGGAUGUCUGAGGGGGCGGCUAGUCGAGCUGCUACUAGUGUCCACAUAAGCGACUCUGUGUUGCCAGUUUUGUCAAUAACCUCCUAUGUAGCCGCUUUGUCCGAAAGCUCAACGAUUGUUUUGUAGUGAGCAGAGGGUGUGAACACUGGCAGCUUUUUGGGUGCAAGCAAAAAACUGCAGACUGUUGUUGUGAUAGGUUGUUUGAUCCAGCUGUAUGUAGUAAAACAUGUCCAAAGUUUAUUUGCUUGAUUUAGAUACAGUUGACUUCCAAUGAUUUCAUUGUGCAGUCAUCGAGUGUGAUUUUGUUCUGAGGAGGAAUCUAUGCUCAAAUUGACUUUUUUAACUGCAUACAGUCUGUUAACCAUAGAAUAUAUCAAACAUGAAUGUAGUCUCUGUGAAAUCACCCAUUGGUUUCUAGAGAGACAUUUCAAAGCCCAACAUUAGAAAGCACCUUAUUGUUUAUGCUGACUCAACCUAACUUUCAAUCAACCUUGUAAAAGACAAAAAAUUGGAGCAGAGGUGGGCUUUGAGCCUCCUGGAAAACAAAUACAACACACCCACCUGUCUGUCAACUCAGCUGUGUCUCUUACCCUUUAUAUUCUCUUUACAUACAAAUAAUUCACACCUUGUACAGUGUGUAUGAAAAGAAAUGAGAUUCAUACACAAAAGCGUUUUUAACCAGGCUGUAAAUGUGUUUAAUUCUGCUGAUAAAAUGGGCAUUUUAACAUGGGACCUUUUUGGGAUUCCUUGGCUUUUGGAGCCAGCCUCAAGUGGACACUUGAGGAACUGCAGCUUUUUGCACUUCCCUGGAGUAGCAUGUCUGCAGAGCCUAGGUAGCAGAUUAGCACCAACUAGUGCAUUGGAAUCAACAAGGAUUGCAUUUUUAGUGUCUAACGUAACCCUAACCCUAACUGUGGAAACAACACUAAGGUCUGAGGGAUGAAGUCCCAGAAAUACACCCCUGAAACUACAGCCUCCAGCUCUGCAGACACAUAAUAUUGCUUCCCCACCAGCUUCAUUUUUUAACACUGGAGGUUGCUGCUUGUUUAUUACAUGAAACAAAAAGAUGGUUUGUUCCAUUUCCUGAGCGCAGAUUUGAAUGGAAGUGUUUGAGUUGCGAGCCAAUUAAGAGCAAGGAAUGUAUGAAGCAUGAUAGAAAAGAGGAGGGCGAGAGCUGCUUCUGUGAAAUACCUCACAGAUACAUUUAUUUUCUUUGUUGAGCAACCUUUAAUGAAAGAGCUGAAUUUGAUCUCACUAUAACGGUUGAUAACAGUAAUGAUCAGAAAUGCACUACAUGGACGCACUACUGAAAUGUUAAAUUAAAAAAAAAACAAUGAAGCAAUUACAUUUAAUAUUAAUAAUUGAAAAAUGAAAUGAAAAUAUAAUUGUUCCUACUAUCUGCCAGUUAGUUUGACUUUUUGAAAGGGAUUCGUUCACCCCUGAAGUAUUGUCUGUUUAUUUAUCAAUGGUGUAAUUAUUAAAUGUAUUUUUAAUUUAAAGUAUUUGAUCUGACAUGAAGAGAAAUAUAUUGUAAUUAUUUUAAGUUGUCAUAAUUAAACUGAAUAAUAACCA